AUGAAGGCCACAUUCUUCUCCCUCGCCGCCAUCGCCGCAACGGCUUUCGCAAAGACCGAUCUUGAGGGCUGCACCUCCUCCCAGACCGUCGCUUUCGGUGGCGCCUCCAUGAUCUACUGGGACCCGACCAACGGCGAAAUCUGCUCAUUCCUUGACUGCGGCGGCGGUCGCGCACCGCCCAAGACCACCGUUGCUGGAUGCCCGGGGUACGCAGGCUCCGCCACCUACUCUCCUGAUUACCUUCCUGGAUGGGGCUCUGCGACGGCGACGGCCAGCAUGGCGGCUAGCAGCGCUACAGAGGAGUCGAGCAGCGCUGAGGAGGCUACGAGUGCGGCGGGUGAGAGCGUACCGGCGUACGAGACAAAGACUGGAAGCGCGAGCAGCACAAUGGUGACGAGCAAGGCUGUCUUGCCUUCUGGAGCGGCGUCGGGCACUGGUGUCGCGGGGCUUAGCGGUUAUGUGACUGGUCUUACGACCAAGGGAAGCAACGCCACCGCAAGCACUGGUUCGCCAUCUGCGACAAACUCUGCGCCGGUUGAGGCUACUGGUGCCGCGUCGUCUUUCGGUGUUGCGAAGGGUCUGGCUGGUGUGGUUGUUGGUGUGUUUGGUUUGGCGAUGUUGUAA